CUAUGGCUGUCUUGCGAGUCACGACCUCAACACGAUCUUCCAAUCUGACCAACAACUUAACAAGUGAACCACAAGAAGAAGAAGAAGAAGAAACUGUAGAAGGUGAGAAGAGGUAGAAGCAACAAAGUCUCGCGAGGGAAACCAGAGAAGAAGCGUAGCUUAUGGUUUCCGGAAAUUCAAUUCCAACAGAAGCUUUCUACUUGGAUCCAACGGGAAUGACUCUCCCUGGAAUCGGCUCUUUAACUACCACUACAACAGCCACCACCGCCACCACGACAACGGCUUCAUCCGAUGAUCCCUCCAAGAAGAUUAGGAAGCCCUAUACAAUCACCAAAUCCAGAGAGAGCUGGACCGAGCAAGAGCACGACAAAUUCCUUGAAGCUCUUCAACUCUUUGAUCGUGACUGGAAGAAAAUAGAAGCAUUUGUUGGGUCAAAGACUGUCAUCCAGAUACGGAGUCAUGCACAGAAGUAUUUUUUGAAGAUUCAGAAGAAUGGAACAAGUGAGCAUGUUCCUCCCCCUCGGCCAAAGCGAAAAGCAGCUCAUCCAUACCCACAGAAAGCCUCUAAAAAUGCUCCAGUGCCCUCACAAGUGGCAGGAGCAUUUCAAUCUUCAGCUGCUCUGCUCGAACCGGGAUAUGUUCUCAUGCCAGAUUCAUCGUCAAUGCUUGGAAAUCCUAUUACGAGUACAACCACAUCUUCAUGGGCUCACGGUUCUGCUCCACCAGUCAGUAUGUCCAAUGUAGCGAAAGAUGAUAUGGGAUCUGCAGGGCCUACAGUUGUAAAUAAUUGUUGCAGUAGCACUGAGAGUACUCAAAGGAUGUGGCAAACUUGUGAAACAGCUGAUCAAGGGAAUCAAGGUCCACCAGUGAGAGCUAUGCCAGACUUUGCUCAAGUAUAUAGCUUCAUUGGAAAUGUCUUUGACCCGAACACUAGUGGCCACUUGCAGAAGCUAAGGGAGAUGGAUCCAAUUGAUAUUGAAACUGUGUUGCUGUUGAUGAGAAACCUUUCCAUCAAUCUGUCGAGCCCUGAUUUUGAGGAUCAUAGAAGGUUGCUUUCAUCAUAUGAUAUUGACACAGAAGAAUAAAUCUGGUGGUACAAACAGCAUAUUUAUGCAGAUGAGUCGGUGCUCCUUCAUUUGGUAAGAAAAUUUUUGCACAAGCUUUUGCUGACAUUGCAAGGUGGCAAAAAAAAUAUCUGGACAGAGGUGGAACAAUCACUUGCUCUAAAAUCAAGAUGCGCUGCUUGUAUGUAUGUACUUUGAAUGGUUUGGCAUACUAGGUAGAAGUAGCAUUUUAGGUGCAGAUUGGUCUAAAGACUUUCCCUGUAAUAGUGUUUGUUUAUGUAUUCUGUCGGAAGGUCCUUUGUAAUGCAGAGAUAUUUGAGCUCAAAGCCUUCUUGGAGCUGUAGUAAUCUGGAAGUCAUCCUGUACAGAGUUGGUUUCUGUGUCUUUUUGAGUUUUGAAUGUAUAUUUGUUGUAAUAUACUGUUUUGAGUUUUGACAGAAAGGGAUUCAAGGGAAUAAUGAUUUGCUUUAGAGACCA